AUGCGUUUCGGUGAUGAGCAUCAAACAUUAAAAUACAAACAAUCACCAAACUCCAAAAACCAAACAUCUAGCAUGGCUGAAUUGAAACAAGUUACAUUUUCACCAGAAGUAUUGGCAAGAAUUGCACCUGAUGUAUCAUUACAAAGACAUUUAGCAUUAGGAGUCAGACCUAAUUUACGUAAUUUCACUGAAUUCAAACCAGUCGAAGUAUCUAACAGUACUCAAUUCCAAGACAAUAAUGACAAUGUAUUUUCAUCAUCAGUCGUUAAAAGCGGUUCAACUACUAUUAUAAACACCAUUACAUUGGGAGUUGUUGAAAAUUUCAAUAGCAAUGAAUCUGAAUAUGCCACUGUUUACCCCUGUGUGGAGAUAUUACGUGGAAGAUUGGGAGCACCCACAGAUGAAGAAAUGAUAUUAUCACAAGAUUUAUUUGAAACUUUAUAUCAUAACAAAAUAAUUCCCUCUACAAGUUUAAAAAUUAAUAACUUAGGGAUUUCUAUCAAAGAUGACCAGACGACGACGACUUCUCAAACCAACUCCACCAUAUAUUACCCAGAUUUAAAUCCUGGACAAUGGGAAUACAUCAAUCUUACAAGUCAUCAUCACAAAUCAUACUCAUUUGUAUUGUUGUCAAAUAUAAAAGUAUAUUCUAAGAGUACAUCGACGAGUUCAUUGUUUGACUUGUGUUAUUUAUCGAUGCUUGAAGCAUUGAAAUCGUUGAAAUUACCUAGAUGUUAUGUAUCAGAAAGUUUCACUACUAAAGUUGCCAUGAAAUCACGAAGAUCGAAUACUAGAGGGUUGGUUGAUACCAAUAAAGCAAGUAUAAACAUUGAUUUGAAUAAAUCUUUAUACGAAAAAAUCGAUUUAAAUAUAAAAAGUGGGACAAUUGCUAGUAAUUUUGGGGUUAUAUCACAUGAAGGUAAUACAAUAUUAUUGGCUGAUUUAGAAGGUGAGGCUGAGGAAAGUUCAGUGUUGUCUCGUUUAUCAAUUAUAACAAAUAAUGAUAGUAUUAACAAAAUAAGUUUGGUUAACGGUGAUCCAGAAAGUGAAAUUACAUUAGAAAUGUUGAAAAAUGCAAUUGAAAUAAGUAAACAAAGGAGUAGAGAACAAGGUCAACAGAUAUAG